CGUUUUAAAAGCGGUCACACUUAAUAGAAAUAAAUAAAGAAUAAACUGUUUUUUAUCGAGUAUUUGCUUUUCCGGAAUCACCGGCUCCCGUGGCCCACAUCAAGAUGCACCAGGCCUACAGUGUGCACUCCAUCCUUAAGCAGGGCGUUCAGAUAGAGUCCAUAGCGGCGUAUGGUAACCAUGUCAUCCUGGGCACCCGAAGUGGCCAGCUAAUCAUGUACUCGGUUGACGAAGUGGCUGGCGUGGACAUGCGCAUGUUCAACAAGAACUUCAGCCGGAAGCCCAUCACCCAGAUGGAGGUGACUGUCGAGGAGAAUCUGCUCUUCGUGCUCACCGACAGCCUGGUGCAGGUUUGCGACAUCAGUCGCAUCGAGAGCAACUUCGCCUUUAUGCACAGUGCCAAGGAGACAAAGGGCUGCACCCUCUUCGCCAUGGAUGUGGACUCGCAAAAGUCGACCACUGGCGAGGUUGCUACUUUUAUUCGUGUGUGCUGCGCCAUCAAGCGGCGUCUGGUGUUCUUCUUUUGGAAAAAGGACAAGCUGGACUCGCUGGAGCUGAGCAUUGAGCUGAGCGAUGUGCCCCGCUCCCUGUGCUGGGCAGGACAUGCCGUCUGCGUAGGCUACAAAGACGAAUAUGUGGUGUACGACAUAUCCUGCAAGACCCCAAAGAAGCACGAUCUCUUCCUCACUUCCUCGAGCAUCAGCAGAGAUCCGUGUAUCUGCCUGAUACGGAACAAUAUGCUUGGCAUUUCCAAAGACAGCUACCUAGUGGUCGUCGAUCCCAGCCAGUAUAAAGAUAACAAGGAUGGCAGCGCCAGUUCCUUUGAGAAUGUGCGACCGGGGGGCAUGGAGAACAAGAAUUCGCUCACUCCAUUACUUUGGUCAAGUCCCCUGCUUGAUCUGGUCUGGGAUGAUCCGUAUGCCGUUGGUCGUGUCAACACUGCCAUCGAGGUUCGCAGUCUCGUGGGCAAGGACACUUUGGUUCAAAGCAUUCCCGAGCUGCAAAAGACGCGCUUCCUGGUGCACGCCGACAAGGGAACCAUAUUUGCCGCCGCCACCUCAGAGCUGUGGUGUCUCCGCCUGGUUGAAAUCCCCACUCAGCGUCAACAGCUGCUGCAGCAAAAGAAAUUUCAAUUGGCCAUUGAGCUGACACAAAUCUCAGACGAGCCUGCGGAGGACCGGGCCCAGACUAUUCAACAGAUUCACAUGCUUUACGCCAAAGAGCUCUUUACCAACAAGGAAUUCUCGUCGGCCAUGACAGAGUUCGAAAAGGCUGCCAUCGAUCCCUACGAUGUUAUCCGACUGUUUCCCAAUUUGGUGCCCGAACCAAAGCCUGGCACGGAAGACAUCGCCGUUCCAUCAAGCACUCCGCCGCUGGAGGAUGGCGAUUUGGAGAACGCCUACUUGGCGCUAAUCGAGUUCCUGGCUUUGGCCCGCCAACGGGAAGUGGUGAAACUACGCGACGCCAAGAGCAGUUCAAAGUCUCUGUUAGAAAUAAUCGAUACCACGUUGCUCAAGUGUUACCUGCAGACGAACGAUUCACUGGUGGCGCCACUCCUUCGCCUCAACCAGUGCCAUUUGGAGGAAUCGGAAAAGACACUGAAGAAGCACAACAAGAUUUCUGAGCUGAUCAUUCUCUAUCAAAUGAAGGGCAAGCACAAGGAUGCCCUUAAACUACUCCGAGAGCAGGCGGCCAUUGAGGGAUCGGUGCUGCAAGGACGAAAGCGAACGAUCCGAUAUCUGCAGGAGCUCGGCGCCAAUCACCUGCCACUCAUUUUCGAGUUUGCCGACUGGGUGCUGCAGGAGCAUCCCGAAGAGGGUCUUUGUAUUUUCACCGACGAACUUCUAGAUGACGAGGAGGAGGAGCAGUCCCUUCCGCCGGCCAAGGUCCUGGAUUUUCUAAUCAGCAAACACAAGUCACUAGUUAUUCCGUACCUGGAACACCUUAUUAACGAGCGACACAACACGACCACUCUGCUGCAUAACGUGCUCCUUAAGCAGUACCGCGAACGGGUGCAAUCCCUCCUGGCACAGCAGGACUCCUGUAGUGAGGAGGGCGAGCCGUCUGACCUAAAGACAACGCGUGCCAAGCUUUACAGAAUGCUGGAGGAAUCCAACUCUUAUUCGCCAGAUCGCAUGCUAGAGGAAUUCCCAACCAACAUGCUGCUGGAGGAGCGCGCUCUCAUCCUGGGUCGCCUGAAGAAGCACGAUAAGGUGCUAGCCAUCUAUAUACAAGUGCUGGGCGAUGUGGCCAAAGCGACGGAAUAUGCAGAAGCCAACUGCAACGACGAUGAGAACAUAUUCCACACGCUCAUCAAGUGCAUUCUAAUUCCCCCCGCACAGCCGCUCUACGAGGGCGUAGCCUUGCAUCCAGACUUUGUUCAGGUCAAUCGGAAGGUGGCCCUGGACUUGCUGGAAGCAUACGCUACCAAAAUAGAUCCCUUCGAGAUUUUUGAGCACCUUCCCGAUGACAUGCCCAUGCCGCAGUUGGAGAAGUAUCUGGAUAAGUCGAUACGUAAAAAGCUGGCCGACAAGCACCAGAUGCAGAUGAUGUGCGGCCUGCUGGAGGCAGAAGCCAAUCGGUUAGAGGUCGCGUUACAGGCACAGCGUAACAUAAGCUUCGAAUUAAACGAGUUCAGUGUGUGCCCCGAGUGUAAAAAGCGCUUUCCCAGCCAAUCAGCCUUCGUGCGCUACCCGAAUGGGCAGAUAGUGCACCUUUCCUGCCACGAUCGCAGUGCGAGGGCGGCGGCUCAGCAAUGAUCUGGAUUACGCUUUAUCUGAUAGAAAAUGUUGGCUUUGCACUGGAAUAUUAUCUUAAGCUUCUUCGCUGCCAUCCAUGAGGCUGUCGCCGUCAAGGGAAUCGUUGCAAAUGGAUAGAUCGGACUCCGACUGAGCCCGA